UCGGUUUUCUGUAUCCCAUUUUUGCGAUCUAAUCGGCUUGAAGCCUGGGUCUGACAAACGAAAAAUAGCAUCUACUCACGUCAUCCCAACCAGACAACGAAAGCAGCAGGAGAAGGAUAAAAAAUUUUUCUGAGCUCCCCUUUUUCUCGUUCCUGCGCAAAAUUUUCCUUCCAAAUUUUUAAUUUAAAAUGCCUGAAGUCAACCAGAAGAAGCGGCCCAUGGGCCUGAAGGCGCGCGCAGCCAAGAAGCAGAAGGCCGAGGUGACGGCGGAGGGCGCCCAGGUGGUCAAUGACUUUGACGACGAGAAGACAGCCACCAUUAUGCUCAAGAACGAGGGCGACGGGGAAACCAACGAAAUGGACGAGCUCGAGGGCAUUUUUGACGGCGCCCUGGAGGCACUGGAGGAGCCGGAGCGCGCCGUAGUGCUUCUGCGCGGCACCAUCCACGAAUGCGACCGCAUGCUGCGGGUGCACCACGAGACGGCCCAGGCCGACACGCCCGAUCUCGAUCCCAAAUUCUACAUGAUCUACGGCUCCGCCCUGUUCAGCAUCUCGGAGCUGGCCGAGUCCGACGACAAACCGCAGUUCCUGGAACUGGCGCACCAGCGCCUUUCCCAGGCCAAGGAGCGCAUGGGCGGGCGGGACUUUGCCUGGCGCGUCCACUCGGGCCUGGCAAAGGUCGCCUUGGAGCUCUCCGAGGGCGAAUCCAGGGUUGAUGAGGCGCUGGGGGAGUUUGAUCGGGCCCUGGAGCUUGUCGACCAGCAGAUCAAGCAGCAGGAGGCCGUGGCUACCGCCGAUCUGGUUUUGGCGCUGGCCGACAGCCGCCGGCUUUCGGACGACGACUCGACCAAGCUGAUCAGGUGGGCCGAGGACACCUUGCAGGGCUUGGAGCUGGAUGCGGCUGUGAAGCUGGCGCUGGCGCGUGCCAGCUGGCUCAGGGCAAGCGAGCUACUGGAGCAGCAGGACGAGGAGACUGGCGAGGUGCCGGAGCGCGAGCGUGCUGUCGAGCUGCUGACCAAGGCACAGGAUCUGCUGGAGGGACAAGAGGGCGACGCAUUGCUGCUGCUGGGCGAGGUGCAGCUGAACCUGGGCAACGUGCAGGAGGAGGAGGACGCCCAGGAGGAAAUGUACGAGAAGGCUGUGACGACAUUCAAGAAGGCCAGGGAGAAUGGCGAUCUGCCAGAGCAGUUUGCGCAGUUCAUUGAGGAUUUCGAAGAGUAA